UACUUUCGGAAUGCUGAUAUCAAGUAUUAGUAAAUAAGUAGUUAUCUCUGUCUUCUUUGGUAUGAACUAUGUUUACUCGCAGUGUUAGUUAAUGAUUUUUUUAAGAAGUAUACUUGAUUUAGGACUUUGUGUGAUAUCCCUAUCACAUUAUGGAAAAUGGCCGCCCGGCAGCCUCUUGUAGCCCAGCUGCGCGGAACUACCAGUUGCCCUCGUUCAGCAGCUGUCUUCCUCCUGUGCUGUCUCUUAAGGCCGAUUCCAUCUCAACGCAAUGCUCUGAGAUCAUCGACCAUUUCAGCAUGGAGAUAGCUCAAGCCAUGGCCCCAAAAAGUGUCGUCAAGGAGGUGGAGGACCUAAGCCAUCAGAUCUGUAAAUACCAUUCUUUGGCUCUGACCAUUGGCACGAACGUGGAUGGAGCCAACCUGCGACAAGAGCUUCUGGAGCGACAGCAGAAGGCCUGCAACACAGUCGUAUCCACCACCUCGCAACUCUCUGAGGCCUUGAGAAGACAAGAAAACAUCCCAAAGAAGGAAAUGGACGACUUGAAUCGGUCGUGCCGCGUGCUGGUCGCUUGUGUGCACACUUUAGAUCGAGAGCUGCGCAGGACGCUCAAUCUUUACCACCUGUUUCCUCUCGCCCACGACCCAGAAGGCACUAGACAAACUCAUUUCAUUCAAACGGGUUAUGCCGAGAAGGUGGAGGGCACAAAAGACAGAAGUGCGUCAUUUCAUUUCAACUCGAAUCCUACAGAAAAGUACUUCAAGGAGAGGACAAGCUGGCAGGAACUGGAAAAUGAAAUCCUGAGAGUUCAUGACUUAGAUGUAGUAUUACACCGUGAUGAAAUAUUGGGUCCAAUUUUGGAUUUGUUGACUCUUUGUCCUGCAGGGGAAAUACCUGGUAGCAAAGUCUCACUAGAUGAAGGUAGUGAUCUUCCUGAUGGCUAUUGUGACGAAGAAACAUUAUUCAGGAAAAGUAGCAACCUCUUUUGUUACAUUGCAGCCAUUGUUGCAGUAGCUUGCAUUGGAGGGGGAGUUUUGAUGGGCGUGAUCUUCAUGAUGGUCCAAUGAAUCUGGAUACCGGAGCCUCAUCUAUACUUAUUAUGCAGAAAAGAGAUCCGUCCAGCAACCUCCCAAUUCUGAGUUGCUUCCUCGCCCAUCUAGAGAACAACAAUGAUUGUUUUUCUUUUUCUCCCUAUGAAUCUAACGACAGAGUGCUCUUUUCUUUUUCUAAAAUACAGAUGUGACGAGCCAGAUCAAAUGGAAAAAAUAUUUAUUUUAAUACUUUGCAAACUGUUGUGUUUUUUGCAUGAAAAUUAAGUAGUCUUAUUUCUUGUGGAACUCUUUAUAGUCCUACAGUCUGAAUUAAGAUUAGAUUUUUUUCUUUCUUUUUUUUGUUUACAAUAUGAAUUUGUAGAUUUUCAUAUAUAACUCAUAAGAUCAAAUGAAAACUUAUUUUAAUGUUUUCAGUAUUUAUUGGUUAUCUCUAGUUAUAUGUUCUUGUUGAUAAAAUAUAGUGUAAUACAAUACCAUUUAACAACUUUUUGCUUGCAAAACAUUCUUUUAUAAGCAACUGAGGCAAAUAAAUAAACUAAGAAAAUAGCACCAGAGGAAAGGACACCUAUCCAUAGAUGUUCUUUGUGUGAUGUGCAAUUACUACUGGUUUUCAUAUUUUCUUCAUGGUGCCUCUGUAGUUUUUAUAGGCUAAAUAAAAAAAAAAUUAAUUAUUGAUUAACAUACAAUUGCAGAAAUAAGUAGAGAAGAUUAUUAAAUGUUAAAUAAGUAGAGAAGAGAUAAAUAGUUGAAAUUUUAUUUACUAGGCAAAAAAAGUAAUGCUGGACUAUUAUUCAUUGGACUAUAAUAUAUUGCAAAAUAAACUAACCAUCAUAAAGAAGUUAAAUCUAGAUGUGGGUUGAAAACAAGAUAUUUCUGAUAUAUAUAAAUAACGAUUUUAAUCAAACAUUUGGGGGGGGGCAUGAUAAAAUAGGAAAUCAGAAGUAUGUGCAGACUGUCAUUUCUAAGUCAGAAUAUAUUAACUAAGAUAAGAAUAUAUCAACUAAGAAUAUAUUAGUUGAGAUAACCAAUAUAUACCUACUUUUUUAAAAAGGUUAUUGCAUUUAUCUUAGUCAUGGGACCUGUAUUCAAGUCUGAAUUUGUUUUCUCAGUCUUUGUAGAACUUUUCACAUAAUCGGGUGAGGAUAUGCAAAUGUGUGUGGAUCAAAGUUUGCUUUGUUGGAUUUUCAAGGUUCCCACUCUUCAUAAAAAAAAGAUCUCUCUCUCUCUCUCUCAUUCCCAUGUUCCUUUUAAACACUCGAUAAACAUUACUGAUGAUGCAGGUAUCUUUCAGAAGGAAUGUCGUAACAAUUAAUACCUCACACAUUAUUUUUUAGAACUACUUUUUUGUUUAAUGCAGUGAGUUUUGUAGUAUAUUUCUUCUUGUUUGUAAUGUUAAGACUUAUAUCUCUUAAAAGGCAGAUUACUUCUGGUAAAAACAUUUGUGAAAUCUAUUUGUUUGUUAUUUCAUUUUCAUGUUCACAUGAAUUCUGAAUUGGAUGCCAGAUAUUAAAUUUUUUUCCUAUUAUUAAUGAUUUUUGCUGUUAUUUUGUUUAAAUUCCUAGUUAAAAUAAAAUAUUUGCACAGUAUUAUUUUCUUCGCUUAUAAUUGUUGUUGUAAAUUAAAAUGAAUAUUUUUAGUGAUUAGAUAAAAGUGGACAUCAUUUUUGAGCAUUAUCUUCCAAAUUCCAAAACUAAAACUACCAAAUUUAGUAAUUAAAAAAAAAUCUUC